UCCAUAAGCUCAUAAAAGAAUAUAAGAUGCCAACAAAAAAUAUGGAGGACUUGUCUUGUACUAUUUAGCUUAUACACUUGUUCUCUUUCAAUUCUAUUAAAAAUCUCCCCUUUUUCCUUCUUCUUCUUCUUCCUCCCCCUGUUCCUCCAAAACCAAAAAAACCCCUCAAAAACUUCCACCAAUUUCAAGAGUCAACAACAAUUCCAUUUUCAACCCAUUUUACUAGAUACCCUUUUCAAUGUUGCCCUUUAAAACUCUCCAAGAGGCAGAAUCCGCCAUUGGAAGAUCUCUUACUACUGCAGAAACCAUCUGGUUUAACUACUCUGCUAAUAAAUCUGAUUACUAUCUUUACUGUCACAAUAUCCUUUUUCUAUUCCUAAUCUUCUCUUGUGUCCCUCUUUAUUAUCUUUUCCUUGAAAUUUUCUUCAGAAAAUCAAUCCAGUCAUACAAAAUUCAACCAAAGGUCAAUCUUUCUUUAUCUGAUGUGUUUAGGUGUUAUAAGGUUGUUAUGCGCAUGUUCAUCCUUGUUGUUGGCCCUCUUCAACUUGUUUCUUACCCCUCUGUAAAGAUGAUUGGGAUUAGAACAAGUUUGCCCUUGCCGUCGUUAUGGGUAAUUCUGUUGCAGUUGGGAACAUACUUUAUAGUGGAGGACUAUACUAACUAUUGGAUCCAUAGGUUCUUGCAUUGUAAAUGGGGUUAUGAAAAGAUUCACAAGGUUCAUCAUGAGUACACAGCUCCAAUAGGCUUUGCUGCGCCGUAUGCACACUGGUUAGAAGUCUUGAUCCUUGGGAUCCCCUCGUUUCUUGGGCCCGCUAUUGCGCCGGGUCAUAUGAUUACAUUCUGGUUGUGGAUUGCAUUCAGACAGAUUGAGGCUAUUGAGACUCACAGUGGAUAUGAUCUUCCUUGGAGUCUCACCAAGUAUAUACCUUUUUACGGUGGAGCAGAUUACCAUGACUACCAUCACUAUGUUGGAGGCCAAAGCCAGAGCAAUUUUGCUUCAGUUUUCACCUACUGCGAUUACAUAUAUGGAACUGAUAAGGGCUAUCGCUAUCAAAAGAAGGUCCUCCAGCAGUUAAAGGGAGCUUCAAAUGCCAAUGGUGAGCAAAAUGGAGGUUCAGUGACAUUUGCAAAAGAUUGCAAAGAUGACUAAGUCCUAUAUCUCCUAAGGCCUUAAUAGUGUAAAACACUCGGACGCAUCAUUUGUUUUAGGUUGACCACAUCUGCUGUUCAGAAUGUGUUAAAAGCAGUAGGUAGGAGUAUAGCUUCAUGGUGCAUAUGAGUAACUACCUCCUAGAGUAGUGGCUCUUUGCUGUCCAUGAGGAGUGUUUGGAACCCAAACUUUGUUUUGUAUGCAGAUAGUAUUCAUGAAUCCUUUUUAAGUUGUGAAAUGAAGUUUAGCUUGUAGCCUGAGUGCAUACUGUUGCAUCAGCAGUAGGAGGGUUGAUUAGGCAAAAGAUUGCAUGUAGGGUGGAUUUGUUUUGUGCUUAAAGUGUUACUAUGCAGUUCAUUUUCUUUUCAAGUGUAACAAAGAAUUGCAUGGUAUCCUACUAUGUUUUUAACACAAUGCUAUUCACUGAUCAACAA